GAACAAAUUUUAAAUAAUUAAACAAUCAAUAUGGGUACUUCAUUCUCAAAAAUUUGGGGAAGAUUCUUUGGAAAGAAAGAAAUGAGAAUUCUCAUGGUCGGACUUGACGCCGCAGGAAAGACAACUAUUCUUUACAAGCUCAAGCUUGGAGAAGUCGUCACUACUAUCCCAACUAUUGGAUUCAACGUCGAAAAUGUUGAGUACAAGAAUAUCUCAUUCACUGUAUGGGAUGUAGGAGGCCAAGAUAAGAUCAGACUGCUCUGGAGACACUACUACCAGAACACCCAGGGUAUCAUCUUUGUUGUUGACUCUAAUGACAAGGACAGAAUUGAAGAUGCUAGAGAAGAAUUGCAUAGAAUGCUUGCUGAGGAUGAGCUCAAAGACUCUCUUCUAUUGAUCAUGGCCAACAAGCAAGAUUUGCCAGGGGCCUUGACUCCACCUGAAAUCACUGAUUCCCUCGGUCUCCACACCAUCAAGGGAAGACAGUGGUUCAUCCAAGCCACAUGAGCCACAACUGGAGAUGGACUCUACGAAGGACUUGACUGGCUUUCAAAGAAUGUGACUGGAAAGUCUUCCUAA